AUGCCGUCAUCUUGGGAUCAUCGGAUGCGGGGCAGCAGCAGGAAGCCAUCGAAGCCAGGGUGCCGGCCUGCUGUGCUGCGCACCGACCGCCUUCCUCUACCCGCCCCUCCCUCCACCACCCCGCCUCCCCUGCUCCCACCUUCUGCACCACCUGCUGCACCCUCUCGCCCCAAACUCUCACUCUCACUCGCUCUGCCAUGCUGCCACGCACUGCCAACUGUCACACCCUCUGCUGCCGCUGCUGUUGCGCUUUCAUGUGGCCGAGGGCUCAUCUUCCCCUGGCCUGCUGUUGCGCUUUCAUGUGGCCGAGGGCUCAUCUUCCCCUGGCCUGCUGUUGCGCUUUCAUGUGGCCGAGGGCUCAUCUUCCCCUGGCCUGCUGUUGCGCUUUCAUGUGGCCGAGGGCUCAUCUUCCCCUGGCCUGCUGUUGCGCUUUCAUGUGGCCGAGGGCUCAUCUUCCCCUGGCCUGCUGUUGCGCUUUCAUGUGGCCGAGGGCUCAUCUUCCCCUGGCCUGCUGUUGCGCUUUCAUGUGGCCGAGGGCUCAUCUUCCCCUGGCCUGCUGUUGCGCUUUCAUGUGGCCGAGGGCUCAUCUUCCCCUGGCCUGCUGUUGCGCUUUCAUGUGGCCGAGGGCUCAUCUUCCCCUGGCCUGCUGUUGCGCUUUCAUGUGGCCGAGGGCUCAUCUUCCCCUGGCCUGCUGUUGCGCUUUCAUGUGGCCGAGGGCUCAUCUUCCCCUGGCCUGCUGUUGCGCUUUCAUGUGGCCGAGGGCUCAUCUUCCCCUGGCCUGCUCAAGCCUUUUCUGCUGAGCUAGCAACCUUGGCUGCUGAGCUGGCAACCUUGGCGGUCGAGCUGGCAGUCAUACCAGUAGAGGGGACAGUGGUACCAACAGAGCAGGCAGCAGUGCCAGCUGCUGUGCCAGCAGCAGCUGCUGCAGCAGUGGAGCCAACAGCGCAGUGA